AUGGAUGAUGAUGGCGGGUUGGGGAUACGGAAUUGGGGCUAUUACGAGCAGUCAUUGAAGGUAAAUCUCGGGUUGCAGCUCAUGUCGAGCGUGGCUAAGCGGGACCAGAAGCUUAUGCUCUCUGCCCGCGAUUCUGCCAUGAUGGUCAAUGGGGGUUUCGUCCAUCGGGAAUGUAGGAUGCCCGAACCAUUCAUGCCAAUGGAUUUUGUCCGUGACACUUGGAUCGCUCAGAGAGAUAAAUACCUGAAUUCAUUUCCCAUGAAUCAAAAGAACUAUCUGGUCCUAGCAGAAGGUUUUGGUGGCUAUGCUAUGCAGAUGCAAAAACUGCCUGAUAUAUCACAGGAUGAGCGGGCUUUGCAGAUCGAAGAAUCCAAUAGUAAAAGAGAAGGGCCUUUGAAGAAAUGGGCCAACGGGUGUGCCUGUAAACCAUCAAAAGCGAAGAAGAGUAAGCAGAUUCCAAAGGAUGAAUCAAACAGUUUUUCUGACCAAGUCGGACUCAGAUCGGAUCAGGCAAUGCACAUUUCGUAUCGGUCCAAGUCAGGUGACCUGUACUCAGUCCCGGAUCGAAUUGAGUUCGGGUCAGGCCAUUGA